UUUUACCUCUCUCAAUCCCAAAAACUCUUUCCAUUUCUCACACAAAAAAUUCAUCACUACUUUCUCUCUCCUCAUUCCACCACAUUCUCAUUUCUCCCCCUUCUCCUAAAAACCACCCGGUUUCCCGAUCAUAAAAUUGGUUUCCCGGUAAAAGAAACGAUGACGGGAACAAGGAUGCCGACAUGGAGAGAGCGGGAAAAUAAUAAGAAAAGAGAAAGACGACGUCGUGCUGUUGCUGCGAAGAUCUACUCCGGUCUUCGUAUGUACGGUAGUUAUAAGCUCCCAAAACACUGCGAUAAUAAUGAAGUUCUUAAAGCUCUUGCUAGAGAAGCUGGUUGGGUUGUUGAAGAAGACGGUACAACUUACCGUAAGGGAUGUAGACCUUUGGAGUCAAUGGAUAUGAUGGGUGGCUCAGCAUCAGUUAGUCCAUGCUCAUCUUAUCCAGUUAGUCCUCGAGCUGGGGCAUCGUAUAAUCCAAGUCCUGCUUCAUCCUCAUUCCCAAGUCCUGCUCGUUCAUACUUCGCUCCAAAUGCCAAUGGCACUGCUGAUCCAAAUUCUCUCAUCCCAUGGCUGAAAAAUCUGUCUUCAUCUAGCUCUUCAUCUGCAUCUCCAAAGCUUCCUUUUAUGUACGGCCCUGGAGGCUCAAUAAGUGCUCCAGUGACGCCUCCAUUGAGCUCACCAACCUGCCGAACACCCCGGACAAAAACUAAUGACUGGGAUGAUAAUAAUGUGGCUCCCCCAUGGGCUAACCAACUGAACUACUCUUUACCUUCUUCCACACCACAUAGCCCUGGCCGCCAAACCUUUCCUGAACCUGGGUGGCUUACGAAUAUCCAAAUUCCAAAUGGUGCACCUGCAUCUCCUACAUUUAGUCUGGUAUCCUCAAACCCAUUUGUUUCAAGAGAGAUGGUAAUGGGGGCAGGCGGAAAUUCAAGGAUGUGGACCCCAGGGCAGAGCGGUACAUGUUCCCCUAUUGUUGCUGCUGAAUCUGAUCGUACAUCAGACAUUCCAAUGCCAGAUGGGAUGGCAGCUGAAUUCGCAUUUGGAAAUGGAAUGACAGGAGGUAUGGUUAAGGCGUGGGAAGGAGAAAUCAUUCAUGAAGAAUGUGUACCUGAUGAUCUUGAACUCACACUUGGAAACUCAAGAAUGAGGUGAUCAUAUUGGAUAAACAGGCUUGUACUGUGACAUACUAACAGGUCAGGGUGACCUGCUUCCGCAUUCGCUGUCCAAGAUUACCUGAGAUUUGUUCCGUGUUUGGUUGAGUAGAUUUCUUGGUAUGGCAGAUGGUUUGGGAUCACUGGAAAACAUAAUUUCUUGCUGCUACCUCCAGGAGAAGACAAGUAGGUAGAAUUUGGAUAGUUUUGUCAUGUGGCUCGUUUUUUAAUUUGUUUAUUUUUCCUAAUUAGACCUGGUUAUUUUUUCAAAAUUGGGGGAAAAGGAAAAAAAAAAGGUUAAUCACAAUACCUAUAGGCAAUACAACAUAAUUUAUUUAUGAUUUGUUUUAAGACUGGAUUUGUGAUUCAAAGCUAUGAAUACCAUGUAGAUGAUUGGUUUGUGUA